UCUUCCCCAAAAAAACUCCAAAAUACUUAAAACAAUCUCUCUAAACCUUCUUCCCCAAUCUCUUCCAUCCAUGGAUCCUUAACCCUUUUUCUCUUAAUUACUCCAUGGAAAUACCACCAUCAUCACCACCACCCACCACCACCACCACCACCACCAACACCACCACUGCCAUCAAAACCCUUGAUCCUGAUACUCGGAUCCAACCCAAUACCAUCCCAAAACACCUCCCACCACCCUUCUCAAAUGGCGUCCUCAAACGCCACAAACCUCGCCACCUCCACCACAUCAACCCCAUGCCGGUGGUCAUCACUUACCGGGAAUGUCUAAAGAACCACGCCGCCGCCAUGGGCGGACACGCCGUCGAUGGAUGUGGCGAGUUUAUGCCGUCGUCUACUUCCACCCCCACCGACCCAACUUCUUUAAAAUGUGCAGCCUGUGGUUGUCAUCGGAACUUCCACCGGCGUGACCCUGAUGAAACGUUUCCGAACAACCCACCUACUCAACACGUCAUCGAGUACCAACCCCACCACCGCCACCACCCGCCACCACCGCCUCCACAACCAAUUUCACUCGCCGGAGCUAGAGGAAACAGUAGUAGUCCACCGGAUUCUCCUUCCCCACCUCCGAUCUCGUCCUCUUACUACCCAUCAGCACCACACAUGCUACUAGCUCUCAGCGCUGGAUUAUCCGCUCCGCCACCGGAAAACAUGAACAACCCUUCAAUUCCGAUCACCCCAGGCUCCGCCCCCGGCAUCGGGUCACACCCUAAUGGAAAAAAACGAUUCCGAACGAAAUUCACUCAAGAUCAGAAGGAUAAGAUGCAGGAACUGGCGGAACGAGUUGGGUGGAAGAUGCAGAAGAGAGAUGAAGAUUUGAUUAUCGGAUUCUGCAACGAAAUUGGUGUCGAAAAAGGGGUUUUCAAAGUCUGGAUGCAUAAUAACAAGAUGAAUUUGGGAAGCAAGAAGGAUUCCGGAAACCAAAACGACAACGGAUCUUACGGUGGCGCUGGCGCUGGCGCUGGCGGUAUUGAUUUCUUAAGCAAUAGAGAUAACAACGACAACCACCAUCACCACCACCACCACCAGCAACAACCGCACAACGACAGUAUUAGCAGCGGCGGCGACUCGGUGCACCGAUAGGCACGUGAGCGAAAAUUGUUGGCUCAAGGUGGUCGAUAACGGGUUGAUUGAGUAUCUGAAUCCGACGUUAACAAGCAAUACGUUCGAAACAGUACUAGUUGUUUAUCUGCGUAAUGCAGUAAGAUUUAAAAUUUUGAGUACGUGUUAUGGUUUCCAAAUGACAUGAAACGUGGUGUGGCGGAGAUGUCAAGUUUUUUCAGGCCUCAGGAGCCACAAUGACAAGCGAUAUGUUCAAAACAAUACUAGUUGUGUAUCUAUGUAGUGUAAUGGGAUUUAAAAUUUUGAGUAUGUGUUAUGGUUUUAAAUGACAUGAAACGUGGUGUGGCAGCGAUGUCAAGUUUC